AAUUGGAUAAAACGAAUUUGCUUGUUAUAAUACUAGUGAUUGUGAUUGUGAUUGUGAUUUGUGCUUGUAAUUAAUUUUGUUUCAUUGUCAAGUGUUUAAAAAAUUGUGCACAGUGACAUUUUCGAUAGCUGUUUUAUCGCAAUGGUAUGAGUCAACGUCGCUAAUUGUGAAAUUGUGGAACAGUGAUAGUAUUUCAGUGUUGAUGGUAUUUGAAUUGAAUUUAAUAGUCCUCACAUGCGAGUUAAAAAACAAAAAGCGAUCGUUCGUGAAAGAAAAAAAUAAUAUCCAGAGUGAACGCGAUGCUGCAUCCCAGCGGGGAGUAUUUCGAGCUUGGCGGUGCCAACAGCGGCAGGCCCGCAUCACCUCAGUACCAAGUUGCUGUCCCCAACAUGAAUAACGCCGGCAGCCGCGAAUCCUCUCUGCCUUCCUUCGGAUUCACACAGGAACAAGUCGCGUGCGUCUGCGAAGUAUUACAGCAAGCUGGAAAUGUCGAGCGUCUGGGACGUUUUCUGUGGUCUUUGCCGGCUUGCGAGAAGCUCCACUCGCACGAAAGUGUACUUAAGGCAAAAGCUGUAGUUGCAUUUCAUCGCGGACAAUUUAAAGAACUUUACAACCUCUUGGAGGCUAACACAUUUUCACCUCACAAUCAUUCCAAGCUGCAGGCACUCUGGCUUAAAGCCCAUUACGUUGAAGCAGAAAAAUUACGAGGCCGUCCAUUGGGCGCUGUAGGUAAAUAUCGCGUUCGGCGGAAAUUUCCAUUGCCUAGAACAAUUUGGGAUGGAGAAGAAACAUCUUACUGUUUUAAGGAAAAGUCACGGUCCGUACUGCGUGAUUGGUAUGCCCACAACCCAUACCCAGCGCCUCGAGAGAAACGACAAUUGGCCGAAGCUACUGGACUGACGACGACGCAGGUUUCGAAUUGGUUUAAAAAUCGUCGUCAAAGAGACCGCGCUGCUGAACACAAAGACAGCAUACCGGGGGACGUGAAGCAGCUCGAUUCCUCCAGUGAUAGCGAAAUGGAGGGCCACCUGCCGCACUCCCCUUCGGACCUGAAGAGUUCCGGUCACCGGUUGUCUUCGAUGCCCUCCCUGUACCAUCAGCAGCAGCCGAACGGCGGCAUCUUGACCUCGCACGGCGGCGCCUCCGCCUCGCCGCACGUCAGCCUCAGUGCGAUGGCAUCGAGCGGCCUGACCCUCGGCAGUUUCUAUUCCGAUUCAAUGGUGCAGGAUUAUCAGCACUUAUGAUUCGAACACAGUGAUUACGUUUUUGUAUCGUCGAAAUGAGAUGUGAGAAUACUUUUCAUUUGGCAUUGUUAUUCCUAUUAUAUUGACUGUCACACGACCAAUAUUGAAGUCGAGAAAAAAAAAACCCUAACAAUAAGAUCGGUGACAUGUAGAGUAAGGUUGCUGAAAUCGUGCUAUCAUUCAUUGCUGCUUAAUAGAACUACAUAUUUAGUUGGCUAAGUAAACGUUUACAAAUAGAAGGCUGUCCAACUCUGUGAAACAGAAAUAAUCAAAUAGUUUGGAAAAGUAGCUAAGUAGUGACGUUUCUAUUGAUAAUUUAGGCUAUUUCAAUAAAACAACAAUGACUGUUAAUCAAAAGCCAACUAAAUAUAAUUUCAAUAAAGGCCAUAGAUUAUCUAAUUUAAAUAUACGACUUGAGCAACCUCUGCUCUACUGAACAAAUUAUUGCGCUAAACAAAUUUGGGAAUACAUCUGAAAUAGAUUUAAUAAUUUGUGUUUUUUUUAUUAUUUGAAAUUAUCAUCAUCAACAUUAUCUAUGAAUUGAAAGAGAAUAAAAUGA